CGUGUGUGCCUAGGGUGUGUAGGUGUGGAAGGCAGGAGGGGAGAGCUUGAAGACGUGGGGUGCUGGAAGUUGUCAGCCUUUAGAGGGAAGCAUCAGACGCUGCGAUCAAAAUGCCGAUUUGGAGGAGGCAGCGAGAGGAGACCCUGAGCCGCGUCUCCCCCUGGACCCGGGUGGGAUGGCCUCCAGAUCCCCGCUUCUCCCAGGGCUCUGGAGCAGUGCUCGACGUGCUGGCAGCUUUGUGCAGCCCUCUCCCAUCACCAGGGGCUUUGUCCUUGCACCUCGGUGGUGGGGAGAUGUGGAAGGGGCUGGGAGCAGAGGGAGGAGGGCAGCUGCCCUCCCACCACGCAGCCUCAAAGGGUUAACAGGCCCCGGGGAGCCUGGAGGGCCCCGCUCCCACCCUCUGCCCAAUCCUGGGAAUCCCUCUGUGCUAAUUGAGCACUAACGAGAUCAAAGGCUCCAAUCAGGCAAUCAACACCCCCCUGGCCCCUGCCUUCAGUGCCCCUGCCAGCGGGUCCCCAGCACAGCUCUUUGUCUGCAGGAGGCGAGCGGGAUGGGGCCUCUCCCCGCGCCUGCCAGCUUCAGGGCUGGCCUCGCCUGGGCUCUCCUUAGCAUCAGUCUGGGGAUGGAUUUAAGUUUGCAGGAAAGCUUGCUGUUAAAAUCCUUGGGUUUGAGUACCAAGCCCAGCCCCAAAGUCCCCAUUCCUGUGCCGUCUGUGCUCUGGCGGAUCUUCCAGAAGAGAAAGGUGCCUCCUGCAAACAAAGACCUGGCGGAUGGCUGUAGGGUGGAGGAAUUUAAUGUCCCGGGGAACGUCAUCCGUGUCUUCGCUGACCAAGGCCACUUCAUUCAUAGCGGGCAGCCCCAGACGUUGCUGUGCCUGCAGAAGCGUCUGUACUUUAAUCUCUCGGUGCUGGAGGAGGGCGAGCGCUUGACAAUGGCUCAGCUGGAGAUCAAAUUCAGCCACAACUCGUACCACGCGUCCAGCCAGGGGCAGGUUUUUGAGCUGAGGCUGUACCGAGCCCCCCAGCUGCCUCUGCGGGGGAUGCCCUCCCCUGAGCCCGGCCGCACGCUGCUGGUGGAGCAGUCCUUCGCCCGGCUGCACAAGUCUCUGCUCUUCAACCUGAGCGGGGUGGCGAAGGACUGGAGAACUCACAGUAGGAAUCUGGGCCUGAUCCUGGAGAUCUCGGUGAGCAGCGGAGGCGGAAUGUCAGCCGGGGCGAGCGGGGGGCCACAGAGCCUCUGUGCCAGCAUCGAUUCCUUCCUGGAUACCUCUCUCCUGGUGGUGAGCCUCAGCCAGCAGCAGUGCCGGGCCUCCAGGAGGAGGAGAAGUGCUUACAACCUCCCCGUCACGCCGAGCAACCUCUGCAAGCCCAGGCGGCUUUACAUCAGCUUCAGCGACGUCGGCUGGGAGAACUGGAUCAUCGCCCCGCAGGGCUACAUGGCCAACUACUGCCUCGGUGAGUGCCCCUUCCCCCUGACGGCCGAGCUCAACAGCACCAACCACGCCAUCCUCCAAACCAUGGUGCACUCGCUGGACCCCGAGGGGACGCCCCAGCCCUGCUGCGUCCCCGUCAGGCUGUCCCCGAUCUCCAUCCUCUAUUACGACAACGACGACAACGUGGUGCUGAGGCACUACGAGGACAUGGUGGUGGAUGAGUGCGGCUGCCGGUAGCGCAGCGGCCGCCUGGGUGCGCGCCGGGGGUUCCCGGGUGAAACGGUGACUGGUUGUUGGAAUAAACCCACGUGUGUUAAA